UCAUGAACAGCACGCCGAGACAUGGGAAACUGUGGAAUGUGGACUUUCGUUCGGAAUAUUUUGCGGCUUUGGGCCAUAAAAAAUUAUUUUAGCAAACUUAUUAGCAGUUAUAACAAUCAAGAAUGCUGCAAGUAAGCCGAUUUGGGAUAUCAAUACAUGUUUCGUAAUUGUCGUAAAGUAGCCUACAUAAUCGAAAAGUAAUUUCAACUCUCAAACUUUUAUAUGUGGAAUUGCCUGUUUUACAUUUCAAGAAAGUGAUUUCCGGACAAUUGAAGGCCAUUCUUCUGCGCCUUACAACCACUUUACUAAGUAGCCCGUUUGUAUAUGAAAAUUUGGAAUGAGAGUGCUACAUGAGACCGGCAGUGGAAUUCAUGCGAUAAAUGACGCAAUUUUGCCAUUCAAAGAAUUUGAUAUAAACGGUGCGUAUAUUACUUGAUAACCUUGGAAAACAGCUCAGGUGGAAAAGAGAGGGAACGAAUCUCGCCCGUAGGGCAUUUACAGUCGAAUGCGGCCACCAGGUGAGUGGAGAACUCUUUCACCGUUCUUCAGUUCCUUCUGCUGCCAAGCCCAGGUAAGGGCGUCAACAAAAAAGCUCUCAUCUAAAAGUUUACCUCAAGUUUGGCAUGAUCAUUUUAUCAACCAUUUCAACAUGAAUAUCCUCUCACUGCUCGCUAUCGGAGUGAUUCUUCUCGUGCCCGAUGUCCACGGUGCUGUAAAGCGCUGCUUCAAGUGCCGUUCCAGAGGCGAACUAGGCGAUUGCCGCAAUCCGGACGAUAGGACGUCAAGUCUAUCGAGCACUGGAAGGAAUCCAUUCCUUUCGUCAGCUGACAGAGAUCAAACGACUCGAAGCAAUUCCAAUGCUUUUGGGAGCAAUUUUGAGAGUUCCGGCUCUUGGGGUGGUGUCGAAGCUGUUCCAUGCUCAUCGGGGUGGUGCGCCAAAGUGAUAGAAGGCAAAGGAACGUUCAAGGCUGAAGAGUACGGAAUGGCAACUGAGCGAAUGUGUCUGCAACGACCGCCUCAAGAUUUACGCGAACGAUGUGCCAUGACAGUUCGAGGCAAUCAAGAAGUGUUCAUGUGUUUCUGUAAAGGUGAUUUGUGCAACGGUCAACCUUCAUUCGCAGCUCCCCUACACCUGAUCGCCGGCCUCGCCCUGUCCACUUUAUUCAUCUGGCGUGCUGUUUGAAAAGUAAAUCAUUGUGCAAUAGAAAAAGAAAAUCAACAUUCCCUCCACUCAUACCACAAACAGCACCUUUGUUUUUCCAAGCAGUUUUUCACAACAUUUACUUCGUUGACAGGAAAUAAAUCAUUUUCGUUUCGCUUUUAA